ACGAAGGAGGAUGGAGGAACAGAAGGAGGAUCCCUCGUUCUUGGACAGGAGGCCGCAGACAGUCGAGGCGAAUGGAGGAAGUCUUAGUCACCAGCCGUCUCCUCUUCCUGAACUUCGUGUGGUUUUACUCGGCCGCAAAGGUGCCGGGAAGAGCUCAGCAGGAAAUAACAUCCUAGGCCUGGCAGGAGGGUUUGAGUCGAAUAAACCGACCGAGGAGUGUGUGAAGAGGCGCGCCGACGUGGAGGGAAGGCGCGUCACGGUUGUGGACACACCAGGAUGGGAAUGGUACUAUCCGGUGAACGGGACUCCCGGUUGGGUGAGGAGAGAAACCAAGCGAAGCAUGUCCUUGUGCCCGCCAGGCCCUCAUGCCGUUCUUCUAGUGGUGCGAUCCUGUACGUCAGUGACAGUCGACUACCAUCAGCAGAUCGAGGAGCACCUGGAGCUUCUGGGAAAAGCGGUGUGGGAUCACACACUGGUGCUGUUCACACGCGGGGACGAACUGGGCUCCGUUCCCAUCGAACAGAGGAUUCGAAACGGCGGCAAGGCCUUCCAGAGGCUCCUGGAACGAUGUGGGAACCGAUUUCACGUUCUGGAGAACAAGAGGCGCAUCGAUGAUGGAUCGCAGGUGAAGGAACUGAUGAGGAAGUUGGAUGAGCUGGUCGGAGAGAGAGGAGGGAGAUAUUAUGAGAUGGAUGUGCUGCUUCUGGAGCUGGAGGUGGAGAGUAAACGGAGGGCGAGAGAAAGGAGGAAGAAACAGAGGCUGAUGGAGGCGCAGACGCACAGAGGAACCAUCAGAGCCGUGCUGACGAAUGAUAAUACUCAAACUGAAGACAUGGAUGAGAGGAAUCUCUUCUCCAGAGGUUCACGCCGUCUCCCGGAGCUGAGACUGGUUCUGCUGGGAGAGAGAGAGACGGGGAAAAGCUCGGCUGGGAACGCCAUCCUCGGAGGACCGGGAUACUUUCAAAGCGGAGAGGCGACGGAGGAGUGUUCAAGACAGCAGAUGGAGGUUUCUAACAGACUGGUGACGGUGGUGGAUGUGCCUGGAUGGGAGGGCGGACCGGAGGGAACAACUCCAGAGAGAGUGAAGCGAGAGAUUGGAAUGAGUGUGAUGCUGUGUCCUCCCGGACCUCAUGCGUUUCUUUUGACGUUGCGCGUAGAUGCGUUUGUCCAAGCCCAGUCGGUGCGGGAGCACUUGGAGCUUUUGGGGGAGGCGGUUUGGAGACAUACGUUUCUUCUGUUCACGAGGGGCGACCAGCUACGAGAAGGAGUCACGAUUGAGCAGCACAUACAAGGAGGAGGAAAGGAACUUCGCUGGCUGGUGGAACGAUGUUCAAAUAGGUUCCAUGUCAUCAGCAGCAAUUCUUAUUUGGAACCUCAGAAUUCCAAGACACAAAUAACGGAACUUCUGGAGAAGAUUGAAAAGAUGGUGGCGGUAAAUCGAUGCGAGGCCUUCUCCCCACUAGUGCAUGAGAUUCAAGAGUUAGGAAGACAAAAAAAUGAGAAAUUUCAACUAAAGGUCAAGGAGUUUAGCGAGAAGCUUCAACGGCAGGACGAAGAACUGAAGAAGAUGAAGGAACGGGAGGUCAAGAGCAUUCGGUGGUUCUUCGAAAGGCGCAAGAAAGACAAAGUACAAUCUCCCGGGAAGGCCGAGAGGGAAGAGGCGCCGUACAAAGGCGAAGAUGACAGGAGAAGUGUGAUGGGCGAGCUGGAGGAGAGGAUGGCGUGGUUAACGGAAGACAAGGAGCGAGAGAUACAUGACCUGAACGCUGAAAUAAGCAAAGUCAUGGUGACUCACCAUCAGGGACUGAAAGAGAAAGAGCAACUGCUAAUGAGAUUAGAGGAACGAGAGCGCGAGGGGGAAGAACUUAAAGAGAAAGUGGAUGAGCUUCAAAUUAAACUGCUAGAACAGGAGCGCUUGGGUGCCGUGAGAGAGCAAGAACGAAGAGAGAGAGAGGCCGAAAUUCAGCGAGCACACUUGGACGAGAAGAAUGAACUUAAAAACAAAUUGUUGGACGCUGAAAAGGAGACUGAUAGGAUGAGAGGAAAGGCUGAGGAAAGUCAAAAAGAGAUGGAUUCAUCACAACGCAGGUAUGAAGAAGAGGCCAGGCAGCAAAAGGAAGAUAUGGAGAGCAAACUGAAAGAGAAGGACAAUGAAAUUGAAAACAUUUUAAGAGAAAUCGAGGAGGUGAAACUUAAGGCUGAGAGCAGAGAAAGAGAACAAGGUGAGAUAUUCAGGGAAAAGGUUGAGAAGAGAGAGAAAGAGAUGGACAAGCUGAGAGAGGUAAUAGAGAUGAUGACAAAAGAGACGGAGCAGCUACGAAUGUCCAAUCGAGAGCAAGAGAAAACAACAGAAGCCGAGAGAGAAAUGCAUGGAGACGUUAUGGAGAAAUACAACACGCUCAUAGAUAAACUUGUAGGGAAAGACAAAGAAAUAGAGCGAACGAUGAGAGAGAAGGAAAAAGAGCUGAAUCGAAAUGCUGAAACACAAGAGAAGCUUCAGCAAAAAGAAGACGAAAUAGUCAAAUUGAGACAAAGAGAUCAGGAAAAGGACAGAGAAUUGAAGACAUUGAAGCAAAACAUUACCGAAAAACAGAGGGAUACAGAAAAGUUAAAAGACACCGUACAGGCAAAUACUGAUAAACACACAGCGGAACGUAAAGUUUUGGAGGAAGAGUUGAAAGCAAAAGAAGAUGAAAUUGACAAGUUAAAACAAAGAAACCUAGAGAAUGACAAAUACAUCGACAAACUAAAGCGAAACAUUAGCGAAAAACAAAAUGACAUUGAAAAGUUAAAAGACUUUCAUAUUGAAGAAAAUAUAGCUCAACUAAAACAUCACCAGGAGGAAUUCAAAGUAAAAGAAGAGGAAAAUGAAAAAUUAAGACAGAGAGACCAGGAGAAAGAAAGAGAAAUUGACAUACUUAGGCAAAACAUUAGCGAAAAACAGAAAGACAUUGAAAAGUUAAGAGACUGUAUUGAGUCGCAUACUGAAGAAAGUGCGGCUCAACUGAAGCAUUUAGAGGAAGAGCUGAAAAUAAAAGAAGAGGAAAUAACCAAAUUAAAACAAAGAGACCUGGAGAAAGACAAUGAAAUUCACACACUUAAGAAGAAUAUUAUUGCCCAACAGCAGGACGCUGAAAAGUUGAAAGACAGCAUUCAGUCAAAUAUUGACGAAAGUGCAGCUCAAUUGAAACGUUUAGAUGACGAAUUCAAAAUAAAAGAUGAGGAAAUAAUCCAAUUAAGAACAAGAGACCUGGAGAAAGACAGAGAAAUGAACACACUGCGGGAAAAUAUUUGCGAAAAACAAAAAGACAUUGAAAAGUUAAGAGAGAGUAUUCAAGCACAUAUUGAGGAAAGCGCAGCUCACCUAAAACAUUCAGAGGAAGAGCUACAAACAAAAGAAGAAGAAAUAACCAAAUUAAAUCAGAGAGAUAUGGAAAAAGACACACUGCUGCAAACAUUCAAUGAAAAGCAUUUAAGAGACAUAGAAAAGUUGAAAAACAGCAUUCAAGCAAAUACUGAACAAGGCGCCGUUCAACUAAAACUUCUAGAGGAGGAGUUUGACGUAAAGAUGGAGGUCUACAAAAGAAAGAAUACGGUGAUGGAAAAGGAGAUGGAAAAUAUAAAGAAACAAUAUGAGGAAACAAGAUUAAUAAUUGAGAUGAAAGAGAAUAUCAUCAGUCAGUUACAACAGCAACACGCUGACACUGAAAGACGCUCAGAAGAGCUGAAACAACAGCACAGUAAAGAGCAAAUACGUAACGACGUCCUACAAAACGUGAACGCAGAACUGGAGAAAGAGUUCGAAGAGCUGAAGUGCAAGUGUGAGGGGCUUCAGACUCAGUUGAAGACUUCAGUGGAGCGCUACGAGAUACAGAAGAAAGAAAUGAACGGGUUAGAACAACAGCUAGACGAGUUAAAGCGGCUGCUGGAGGAGAAGGAGAAAGAGAAAGAGAGUGAUAUGCAAGACAUGAAGGAGUAUUACGAGAAAAGACUGAGAGAAAGGCACGAAGAGCAUGAGAUGGAGAUAGAACAAGAGCUUUGCAGGAGAGAGAGGGAGGUAGAAAAGAAAGAAGAGAAAUUAGCUCAAAACGAACAAGAUUUGUUAACUAGAGAGGGUGAAGUUAAUAGGAGAGAACAAGCGCUAACAGAUGAAAAGCAGGAUUUGGAGGUGCAGAUGUACAGGAUUAGAGAAGAGGAGAAGAAUCUGGAAAACGAGGGCCAGAAUAACAAACGUUUAGCUGUAGAUCUGAUGAGAAUGAGAGAAGAGAUUGAGAAAAGAGCAGAAGGGCUUAUGGUUCAAGAGGAAAAAUUAAAGGCGCAAGAGCAGCAGAUAAAAUGUCGAAAGGAUGAACUACAAGCAAUGGAGAGGCUGUUGGAGAGCAAGGAGAUGGAAAUGAAAGACCUGACUGAAAAGCAGGAGAAAGAUAUGGAAAAUCGUAGAGAGCAGCUGGAAAGGAGAGAACAAGAGCUGUUCGAAAUGGAGGAGAAAUUUGUUAAAGAACAACACAGGCUUAAGGGAGAAGAACAAUCCUUGGAGAUGCUCAGAGCAAAUCUGGAAACGAGAGAAAAUGAACUUAAUAAACGAGAGCAGAUGUGGGACGUUAAAACUCGUGAGCUUUUAAAGAGCUCAGAGGAACUUGAAAACAACAAACACAACGCAGAGAAAAGGCAAGCCGAGUUGAGCAAUGAGGAAAAUGAUCUUCUGCAAAAAAUGAAAGGAUUACAAGAAAAGGAGCAAGAACUUGAACUCAAAGGUCAAAGGCUGAUGGAGCAACAACGAGACAUGGAGAAACGGGACAAUACUCGGCGUGAACAUGACCUGGAGCUGGAGAGCAUUAGAGAAGCGUUGGGAAAAAGGGAGCAAGAGCUGAUAAAAGGUGAAGAAGAGCUUUCUCAAAGAGAGCAAAAGCUGAAAAGUGAAGAAAUCUAUUUAGAGAAAAGAGAGCAAGUCAUGCAAAAACGGGAAGAACAGCAUGGAGACUUGUUACGCGGUCUGAAGAAACAGCAGGAUGUUUUGAAAGACAGAGAACGCUCUUUAGACACCAGAGAAACAGACCUGCGUCAGCUGGAAAUGGAGCUCGCAGCGAAAGAUAAUAAAAACAAAUUUCUGCAGAACCAAGAACUAGAUCUAAAGAACAAAGAGAGCGAUUUUGAGGCCAAAACCCAAAUGCUAGAGCUCCUAAAAACAACACUAGAUGUGAGAGAAAAGCAGCUUGAGGAACGUCAAAACCAACUGGACAGCAGAACGCAGGAGGUAAAUAAUGAACAAGACAAGCUGGAAAAGAAGCGAGAGGAACUUGACAAAUGGGAGAAGUAUUUGUAUAACACAGAGCUCAAAUUGAUACACAAAGAGCCUUCCUCAGGGUAUCGCCCAUGGACAAACAGCACUGAAAUUAAUGGGAAACACAUGGAAGGUGAAGACAUCCAUCGAAUGCAUCAAGAAAUAGGAGCGGAUAAUGGUGGCAUUUGCGAUGCAAAAGACACAAGAAGUGAAGAGCGAUUGGUGUUGACUACUUUAAACUGUGCAAACAACAGAUCGGUAAAGAACCAGAGGGUUAAACGAACACUGCAGGCUAAGCAAAAUGAGGAAGAUGGUGAGAUUGACAAUUCUGAAGGCGAAAGUGAGGAAGACUUCUUUGAAUCUUCAAGCACCAGUUUCCAACCUAUCGGACGUUCACUCUGGCCCGUGUCUGAUCUAAGGCUUAUGCUUAUAGGAGACUCCUGGUCGUCCCGUCAUCCAGUGAGAUGCACCAUCGUGGGGCUUGAUGCAAAUGGAUGCAACCCUUGGAGAGGAGAGAUUUCCGGCAGGCAAGUCACUAUUGUAGAGCCUCAGGGCCUGAAAUGGAGAUCUGGGAUUGACAGUAAAGGCGCAUUUCAAAAACAUCUCUCUCAAAGUGUCUCUCUGUGUCAACCUGGACCACAUGCAUUCAUCCUUGUGAUUCCCGCUUAUGUAUCCUUCACUGGUCAGUACAGGCGUGCAGUGGAACGUACCAUAUCAGCGUUAGGAGAAACAUCAUGGAGCCACACUAUUGUUCUGCUCACCUGGGGGGAAACAUUAGGAGAGAGCGGCCAGCAGCACGUGAAGAGAAACGGUGACCUGGAGCGGCUGGUUCGGAGGUGUGGGAAUAGAUGCCACGUGCUUGACAACAGAUAUCGGGAAUCUCACGUGGUUAAGUUGCUGGAGAAGGUUGAGGAGAUGCUUGGAGGAAACAAUGGAUGUUGCUACAAACUGGACUGAAAAAGAGUAUUGGGAAUUUAAAGAGAGCCUUUAUGACUGUGAAUGACAUUUAAAUUAUGAUAUAGACCUAUCUGGUAGAUUGUCUUGACAUUCUUGGCUUUAAACUAUAUUUAUGUGUUUAGGAGUACAAAUGAAAAUAAACAAGAUUUUCAAAAAA